AUGUCUUUCGAUCAAGCCCAAGCGAAACAAUUGCACACCCAGUUACAGCUUGAGCAUCACCCGCACGAAGAUUUCAGCACUGGGACAACGCAGUCUCCUCGUCAAAGUGCUGUCUCCGCCAGCUCGACGGUAGCUGUGGCCAGGGCCCGUAGCCGUCGCUGGGUCAGCUCCCUGCUCGGCGUCAGCAAUGCGCCACAUCAGGAUGAGCAACACCUUGCAGUCCCGUCGACCAUUGGCAAGCGGAUCCGUGCAGACUCCUCCCCAUCUUAUAGUACUAUCAGCUUAAUCGGUGAGCAACAAGGGAAGAGGAAGAUUGGCAACGUACGCUCGCCGCACUUGAGGCCUGUAUCUGCACUGGUCUUCUCUACGGGCAAAGAUGCCUUUGCACAAGCUCCAUCAGCCGUGCAGCCUGCGCUCGUGGCUCCAGAAGUUCCCCCUAAGGACAUUGACGAAGAAGACGCUUCAAGGCUGAGUACAGCUCUGCUGGGUCCGGAUGAGCUUGAAGCUCAAGUAGAGACACAGAUCAGGCAAGAAUCAUCUUCGGGCCUCAUGAACAAAGAGGAGACGGCUGUUCUGACGAUGCUCGAUCAGAUUUCUGGCAUAGACGCAGCUACACCAUUGCAUUUUGUAGCCUCACCACAGUCACAGCCCAGCGGCCGUCCAGUCUCGUCCGCCAAUGCUACCCCGCGCCCAGCUCACGCCAGAGCGGCAAUCAUCGGCGCACCGCCAUGUUCCGCUCAGUUAACAGCUAGCGGCACGACAAGCUCUGGGGACACAGAAACAUCUUCUAAUGCAACCAGCUCGUCCGCCAGCUCGCUGUUCUCCCCAGCUCUGAAGCCUGCAACGCAGCUAUCUGGACAACGGGCAUGUCAUCCUAGGGCUAGCAGUGGUUCGGGCUUCUUCUUCCCUAAUCCGCUUAAUGCGAAGAUGGACACCAAUGCGUUAGACCUACCCUCUCCCGGCCAAGUCACAGCGCUCACAACUCCAGGAUUACCAUCUAGCCCUGCUGGCAGCAGCAUGAAGUCCUCUCAUGGCCUGCCGAUGAAUUGGCCACGUGCGAAGGGCAUGUACGGCUUGGCAAUUCGCAAUGAGAGCUCGCAAGACGAUGGCCCAGAUGACCCACUCGCUGCUCGAUUGCGACCGUCAACAAGGAGGCAUGCCACGCAGUACACGAAUGCCACAAGCAUCGAAAGUCAGUCGCCCGAAUGGAGUAGCGAGGAUCAACACAAGACGGAUGAGAAUCAGCCGCUCGAAGAAAUCGACUCUGUCGUAUCGGCAGCUGCGCCCGCCGAAAGCAGCGCGAUAUCGAGCAUUUUUCGGGCGGCACACGCCCAUUAUGCACCAGCUGGGCUUCGAGCUUACACAUCAGCCCCCCCUUCGCCAACCAAGAGCGCGAAAGAAUUUCCCUCCUCCGUAUCCGCAGCACAGCGUUCGGCCGUCGCAUCGAGCUUGCAGCCCUCACCAGGCAAGACGCGCGAGCUGAUCGACUUCUUUGACAAUGGUCGCGCCUCUCCUGCACUGCCUUCCUCACCACAACGCUCAGCGCGAUCCGUCCUUCUGUCACGCAGUCCCUCGCGCGUCAAAGCUCAACCUUGGUCAAUGGCCAUGGGCAGGCCUGAUGUUUCAAUCUGUCGUCACAACCGCUCCGCGCUUUCUGCCAGCAAAUCGUUUACGGGUUCUGCUGUCUCCAUCUUGCGAAGGACAGAGUACGGCAACCUGCCUCUGGAUAAUACUGGUGCACUGGCUCUCCUGCCUACACCCGCUUCCAACCCGCUGAUGACAGGAAGUCUCAAAUUUCUGGAUCGGAACAGUACGGCAACAGUAGACCCUGAUGGUCAAAUGAAGCGAUGGGUUCCUGCGUCUGUAUGUCUCCUGCAGGAGGCAAUCGCGGUCAGCUGGCUGCCGAUCGGCGGUGGAAGGGAGAACGUUGCCAUACAUUUGCACGUCGCGAAGGAUGUGCGCUCGCUUGCAAGUGCCGAGGUCGUGGGCGCAGAAACCUCGUACCCAUUCGAAGUCGUCUUUGCCGAUGGAGUGGAAAUGCUCGCAGCUUCAGGACCUCUGGAUCGUAUUCGCUGGGUCACUGCGAUUGAUGGUGUUCUGCGACAGAGGAAAGCGAGCAUGCGGACUGCAUCACAUGUGCUCCAGCCUGCCGCGGAUCUACCUGGUUCGCAGUUCCCGACAUCCAUCUCAGAACCUCUUCUACGCCCCGUCACAACUGCGCCGGUAUCCGUCCAAGAGGAUCACUCCAUCCAGUCCAUACCUCCGAAUCUGAAGCGCUCGGCAUCUCCAGCGCUGAAACGGAUUGCAUCGUCCCUCUUCCACCACGACGAUUUCGUAUCGGCCCCAUCACAGGCUGGAAGCGUUCGCAGCGCAAGGAGCAGGCUCUGGGCUCACGGGCGAUCCUUCUCCGAGCUGGCGCCGUCAGAGUCGGCGAGUCAGAUUGAAGCUAAGGAAUGGCAUUCGGCUGUUACGCUCAAUCCUCAAAUGUCUCCUCAGAAAAGACCACUUCCCGAGCCUGAGACAGGCACAACUCUCAUGAACGUCCCAAUAUGUCCCCAGCCACAGACGGCCCAAGCCCCGCGUCCUGCGUUCGUAGCGCUCACCGAAAGUAUCGCGAGCGUCAACAUGGAGGCGGAGGUGCGCGCGCGCCGCCGGCAGCUGAAUUCUUCGCUUAACCCUCAGUUUCCUGAGAGCGCUGCGACAGGCUUUUACACAGCAGAAAAGGAGCUUCCUUCCCUUCCGAAGGCGAAACGCGCCCACUUUGGCGGUCAACUACCCGAUGCGGAACAUGUGCGCACGCAAGCGGAGCACGAGGCUUUUCCAGGCGCUUGGGCGCCAAGUGCAAUGCACGCCAUGCCUCAAAAGGCCAAUCUGAAUGAGGUUUCUCAGCGUCAAGAGCAGCGCCAUCCGGAUGUCAGUCGAUACCUGGCAGAUCUGAACGCCUGGCUUGAUAAGGACCUUGCCAAGCGUGAGGAAAACUGGCAGGAUGUCAGCGCCAGCAUCGAACGCCUGAACCGUGACAUCGCUGCGCUGAAAGAAGGUACCUCUGCACCACUGGUGUCCAAGGAUCGCAAGAUGGACAGGUCGAAUAAGCUGCUACAGACGAAAGACCUCACAGAAGGCAAAGAAGAGGCCGAUCAGGACGAUCAGCUGCAGAAGAAGAAUCCUCCAGGGCGUACAGAGUCUGCCAAGCUCAUGUUCGGCCAUGGCGGACAGUGGACGAAUGCGCCCUGGCAAGAGCACUCAUCCGCUGCGGUGACAGAGAAUGAGGGUGCUGCCAAGCCAGAUAGCAAGGAUCGAGCGUUGCAGCCGACGCAAGCUCGGGUUAUUGGCCAAAAACUUUCCAUUUCGAAAGAAGUUGCGACCAGCACAGGCGAUUCCAAAGCGCCUCUUGAGGAUAGCGAAGCAGGCACCAGUCCUGAAAAGGGGUGCGAAACAGCGAAGGGUCCGGCCACGAAGCAUGUGAAAAGCAGUGAAUCCCACACUGACCCGAAAAUGCCCGCUGUGGCAAAGCGAGAGACAGAGGCUAAAGACACAGCUGCUAAUAGCGGCGUGAACGCGAAGUCGGCGGCUUCACUAGCCGCCAUGGCCACGGCUUUGGAAGCCAUUAUGAGCGACAUGGUCAAGAAGAAGGAGGAGAAAGCGAGGCGACGAGAGGAGAAAGCGAGUGCAUAUGCUGCGGUCCAGCGCCAGGCGCAGGAGACACGAGAACAGGAGAAACGUGCUUUGCUCAAUGCUGUUGUGAGCCAGCUGGCCGACUUCCAAGACCGAAAUCUGACGGAGCAGGCUCACAAAGCACGGCAGAUGGAUCCCAAGAGCGCCAUCGAGGCGCUAGUCGCGUCGCUGAACGCGGCCAAGCAGAGCGAGGCGGACGCGCUGGCGACGGCCGACAAGGCAAUCAAAGACAUGACGGCCGAGUUGCUGCGCAAGUCAGGCGAGCAGCAUGUCAAGCUUGUCGCUGCCGUCAACUCGGCUGCGAGCGAGAUGCUGCACCAUCACGUCGCAUCGCAUGCUGAAGAGCUAAAGAAGGUGCUAGGACGAGAUGUGCAGCGGAUGUUUGAAGAGGUGGGCAGGAUCCGCGAGACCAAGAGGGCGCUGGAGCAUGAGAUCGGCGAGCUGUUUGCGCUCAAGGCCAAGUACUUUGGCAGUUCAGUUUUCAAAGCUGCUCCCGCUGGUGCGAAAUCGUUGCCUGCGCCCACACUUGGGUUUGGAAAGCAUCUCGCGGCGCCAGCUUCAGGCCAUGCCACUCCUGCUGCUCCAAAGCCGGCGGCAGUAGCAGCUGCAUGGGCGAGUCGGAACACGCCGUCGCCGAGCAAAGCAACUGCGCCGCCAGCAGGUAGCCCGAAUGCAAAAGCAAAGGCGCCAGCGACGGCAUCUAGAAAUAUGGGGCCCCGUCCUUACUCCUAUCAUUGGUGA